UGGCGAUGAAUAUCAAAUGGAACCAAAAUGAAGAGAUAGAACAGAGAGCAUACACAUGGAAGAGAAGCUGUCUUCACUGGCGAAGACACUCGCUCCCUCUCCAAUUCAAGAACUAUCUCACCUUGCCCAAAGAUGUAACGCCAUCAACCUCGCCGAAGGAUUCCCUGACUUCCCCGCUCCUCCCCAAAUAAAAAACGCCGCCGUGUCCGCCAUUAAUUCCGACUUCAAUCAGUACAGGCAUGUACGAGGGAUUUGUGACCACUUGGCAAACAUGAUGAAACAAAAGCAUGGUUUAGAUGUUGAUCCUCAUACUGAUAUAGCUAUUUGCUGUGGCCAGACUGAGGCAUUUGUAGCAGCAGUGUUUGCAAUAAUAGAUCAUGGUGAUGAAGUUCUACUGUUUGAUCCAGCAUAUGAAACGUAUGAAGGGUGUAUUACCAUGGCUGGAGGAGUCCCAGUAUAUGUGGCCCUUGAUCCACCCCACUGGACUUUGGAUCCAGACAAGCUCAUGAAGUCCUUCACUGUGAAAACAAAAGCUAUAGUGUUGAACAGUCCUCACAACCCAACUGGAAAAGUUUUCACUAGGAAUGAGCUUGAGACCAUUGCCAGAGCUUGCUGCGCAAGGAAUUGCCUAGCCCUAACAGAUGAAGUAUAUGAGUAUAUAACAUUUGACAAAGAAAAACAUAUAUCACUUGCCUCACUUCCUGGAAUGCAAAAGAGGACUAUCAUCACGUCUUCCUUGUCUAAAAGUUUUAGUGUUACAGGUUGGAGGGUUGGAUGGGCAAUUGCUUCAGCUAGCAUUGCCCCUGCAAUAAGAAAUAUCCACACCAAAAUUACAGAUUCUGCUCCAGCACCCUUCCAGGAAGCUGCUCUAACUGCUUUGGGAAGCCCCCCUGAAUACUUUGAACUACUGAGACGAGACUAUGAAUCAAAAAGAGAUUUUAUCAUCAAGUUGCUGACAAGGGUUGGAUUCCAGGUUAAGUUUAAGCCUCAGGGUUCAUUCUUUGUAUUUGCAGAGCUACCUGAAGAUUGCCUGCUUUCUGAUAUGGAAUUUGUUAAGGAAUUAAUAAAGCAAGCAGGGGUGGUGGCUGUACCAGGAUGUGGGUUUUUUCACACAAAGCUGCCUCACAGCUAUGAGAAGAGACACAUUAGGUUUGCCUUCUGCAAGAGUGAGGCUACCUUGGCUGCUGCUGCGCAGAAAAUUGGUGAGCUUGCAGAUGCCACUGAUGGUAAUGGUAUCAAUUUUUGUCAAUCUCUCAGAAAGGAUACUGAUGUAUAAUAUUUGCACAGUGAGCUAUUAUGAACACAAAAUAAUAAAAUAAAAAAAAUUAGGAUUUAUAAUA